CUCAAUGUAAGGGGCGUCCUGGAGACUAGCGCCGGCUCUCAGGGGCUCUACGCACAAACCGGUGAUGUCACAAGCACGGAGCACCUGUUGACGUCACUGAGUGGGCAGGAAAGCGUGACGUAGUACGCAGGCGCCGAAGCCGGCCAGAUUAUUUUCUUUCUUUUUCUCUUUUUAUUUUUCCGCAGUUUGGUUUCUUUCUCAUUCCCUUAGUUGUGUCCUUUUCCCUUCCCCUCCCUCCCUAUCUUCCUUCCUUCAUCACUUCUCGAAAACACAACCUUGGGUUGCUAUUUUUUUGGAGGGGGGGGUGGGGGGGGGAUCGGCAACGGACGGUUUGUGGUGCGAGCGCCGAGCGCGGAGUUUCUGAGGCGUCGGCCUGAAGCCCAGUGUGAGGCGGGAACUCAGGACAUAUAGCGGCAUGCUUUGACCACAGACAUACUGUACUCGAUCUAGAGAACUUCACAGCUAUCAGCAACAUGAGGUGCAUAUUUGAAGGCACUGAGCAAGUCCAGUUCCAUUGAGGCACCACUUCUUUCACUACAAAAGAUACAUUUGCUUUUAAUGUGAUACGGGUUUAGAACAAAAUUGCUACAGGCUGCAGCUCCUGAUUCAAAACUCAAGCCAAUUAGUACACUUAAGAGAAAUUUGGCUCUGCACAAAAAUGCCUGCUGAAGUAUGACUGUUCCAGAUACAAGAUCUACGUGUUUUUGCUGUCUCGCACACACUUAAUCAUUUUCGCAUCCUGAAGAUGUCCAAUAGUAAUAACACUCAAGAAACGUUGGAAAUCAUGAAGGAAUCUGAGAAGAAAUUGGUGGAAGAAUCUUUAAUUAAAAAUAAAUCUGCAUUCAGAACAUCCAGCAAAGAGGAGGUGGAAAAAGAUGGUGAAGACCCAAAUGCGCAGCUGGAUUUCCAGCGAAGAACACAAAACCAUGGGCACUCGAGGAAGCGAUCCAAGUCCAAUUCCAAGUUAAAAUUGGUACGAAGCCUUGCUGUGUGUGAAGAGUCUUCUCACCCGUUCACAUGUGAUGGUCCUCAGGAAAUCCAGGAUGUUAUUCAACUCCAGUUCACUUGCCCUUCUGAUAAAGAAGAAGAAAGGCCCUCAAAGGAUGGCUCUGAGAAAGAAGACAAGGAAAAGAAAGAGAAGUUGGAGAAAGUCCCAAGAAAAAUGCUGUCAAGAGAUUCAAGUCAAGAAUAUACCGACUCCACCGGAAUCGAUCUGCAUGAGUUUCUAGUAAAUACACUGAAAAGUAACCCCAGGGACAGGAUGAUGCUGCUAAAAUUAGAACAAGAAAUUCUGGACUUCAUCGGUGAUAAUAAUAAUCAGUACAAGAAAUUUCCUCAGAUGACCUCCUACCACAGAAUGCUCUUACACAGGGUGGCUGCGUACUUUGGAAUGGAUCACAAUGUUGACCAAACUGGAAAAGCUGUUAUAAUUAAUAAGACAGUAAAUACAAGAAUACCAGAACAGAGGUUUUCAGAUCAUAUAAAAGAUGAGAAGAGUAUGGAUUUUCAAAAGAGAUUUAUCUUGAAAAGAGACGACACGAGUCUAGACAAAGAUGACAACCAGAUGAGAGUCCCUUUGCGAGAUGACCGAAGGAGCAAAUCGAUAGAAGAAAGAGAAGAAGAGUAUCAGCGAGUCCGAGAUCGCAUAUUUGCUCGAGAAUCUUCUUACAAUGGCUAUCUGAUGGAAAGCAGAGUCUCCAAAGAAGGCAGUUCUUCUAGUUUGCAAAAAAGGAGGCAGCUUUUUAGAGGAAACCGAGAGUGCCUAAGCAGAGCUUCUAGCAGUCGUCAAAGCAGCACUGAGAAUGAACUGAAGUCCUCCGAGCCUCGGCCGUGGAGCAGCACGGACUCUGACAGCUCCAACCGCAGUCUGAAGCCGCCUGUAACUAAAGCAAGCAGCUUCAGUGGAAUCUCCAUCCUGACUCGAGGGGAUAGCAUUGGCAGUAGUAAGAGUGGAAACAGGGUCUCCAAAACAGGCUUGCCUCUCGGGACUCCUGAGUUAACGUCAUCAAGUUACGUGCAAGCCUCUGCACAGCAACCUGGGAGGACCGUCCUGUCGAAUUCUGCACAACAGCAGCAACUGCCACCCACACCUCCACAACAACCAAUGACCAAUCACAUGAUAACACAGCCCUUGCCAUCUCUGCAGCCCUCUGCACAGCCUAUCCAGUAUUCUGCGACCUCUUGCCCCCAAGUUCUCCUGCCAGUCUCGCCUCCCCAGCAAUACACUAUGCCUGAAGAUCUUGGCAACCAGUUCGGGCAGAUGACCCUCAGCCGCCAAGGUUCUACUGAAGCUCCCGAGACUACCUCUGCUGUAUUUCAAGCCCCAGUGAUAUCCCAGCAGCCUGGUUACAUCAUAGCUUCGCCGGGGCAGUCUCUCUCUGCAUCUCCCUAUUCGACAUCCGGACAUCCCACAGCUCAGCAGGUGCUUCAGCCUCAGGGUUACAUACAGCCUCCUCAGCAGAGCAAUGAGUAUCUACUCACCCUUCGACUGAAAAUGGAGAGCACCACUCACCAAAUAACAACCAUUAACAUCUCUACUUGAACCAAACAUGAGCAGAAGUGCACUCAGUAUGGCAAAAGUAGCUUGUUGUACUGAGGAAGCACAGGGCAAGUCACUGAGGGAAUUUUAAAGGGGGUGCCCGGUACAGGCCAAAGGCCUGGGGUAUGCAUGCUCUUCCCAAAUUGCAUAGAGGUCCACACUUCAGUGGAGUGCCUUUUACACGAAGACUGGUUCACCAGUGGACCAUAUCCUCUCUGAGAAUUAUGAAUGAGUUCAGCACCCAAAUUGGCACUAUUGUCUCCUUCUUGAAUGAUACCAUGGAAUAGUAGUUGUUGCUACAGGAGUAUCUUUAUGGAACUUGUGAGGUUUGUUUGCAUUGGUGGGCUCACUAUGUAUAGUCACUGUGGAGACAUCUGUUGUGAAUGCUCCCUUGUCUUUCAGAACAAUUAUGAAAUUCAAUAAGCUUGGAAUCUGGAUAAAAGCAGUCAUUAAUUGUGCACCCACCCAAUACCCGCUGAUCUCCCCUCAUAAAGAGGGCCGAUGUCAUAAGGAAAUACCCUCCAGCUGUGCCAUGCAUAGACUACCACAGAAGAUUUCCUGCAUUCAUAUCACUAACACUUCUGCACUUCCAUGUAGCCCUGCUAAAGGGAAAAAAAAAUGAUUCUGCAGCUGUUGUAGUAGUUGAAGUGCCCUGGCAGUGGUGCAGGUUCAACAGAAUUAAUCACCAGUAUGAAUACUGGGUUUCCUGUACCCUGCAGCAGUUGGUUAUACAGCAAUCCACCAGUGUCACUUUGUGACUGGGAGCUGUUUAUUGGUUUGGUACAGGCGCAAUCAGCAUUAGGAGUUUCACACCAGACAAAGCACAAACAUUAUAUGAGCAGAUUAAAUAUAUAACACCACCUCAGAAAAUAAAGAUAAUUCAUUUAAAAUAUUUUUCAGUUUGCAAUUCUUCAUUGUGUAUGCAGAAUAUCUCACAGCUCAAAGUAGGUACAGUACAGCAGCCUGGAUAUGGAGGAGGAAGUAUGCAAGGAAGCAUGCAACAAAAAUGCCAAUAUAGCUGAAUCCUGUGAUGACCCUGUGGGUGCCAGGAAAACCUCAACAAUUGUAAAGUUCAAGACAACAAUGACUUUUGCUCUUGCUGAUACUGACUGACCUGUCCCUGUAGUGCAGUGCAGGUGAUUGACGGUCUUUAUGGGCCAGGUAGCAUAUCAGUUUUAGUGUUCACAGUGACUCUGCGCCUCCUUGUACACUGUUCCUUCAUCCCAGGUUGCUGACUGUUCCUCCUGAUGAUGUAUCUCUGGGGAGUUGUGUAUUAUUUUAGAUCUUUGUACUAUGACUGCUUUCUCCUACUCCACAGCAAGAUACCUACUGAUGGUUGCUACACCUAACGCGCACAGUCAGAAAGUUUAUUGUACUGUAUUGAUAUUUUGAAAUAUUUCCUUAAACUGAAUAAUGUAAAGGAAUAAAGUGCCCACUUUUACAUUUGAUUGUGCAGCUGUAGAAUGAUGCACAUAUUUGUUCCUAGUAAUGUAAAAGGCUUCAAGAAACACAUUUCUCACUUUUUAAAAUUAAUGUUUGUUUCAGUUUCAGAGCAACAAUAAAGUUUAGCAUAUAAAUUCUAAGUUUGCAGAGUCACACAGGCAGGAGGGACAGGUUUGAAGCUCAUUGGAAUGGUUUCAGAUGAGACCUCCCAAACCCUGUGACGCUCUACUACCAAGAGGAACAAGAGCAAUAGGCACAUGGAAACCGCAUCACCUCCAAGUCUCACAUCAUCUGGACUUGGAAAUAUAUCACCUAACCUUCACCAUUAUGGGAUCAAAAUCCUGGAACUAAUUUCCGAGCAGUGCUGUUGGUGUACCUACUCCACAUGGACUACAGCUUCUUUGCCUCUGUUUCCAAAACAGUCGCUCUGUAGGGUUAUCCAUUCAUUGAAUCCUUGCGGUGGUGAAGCUUUGAUGUUGUCAGAUCCUUCUAGGCUGCACUCAAGAGACAAUUGUCGCAACUGGCAACCUGUAGUGAAUACCUGUAUUAAACAAAUGCCAAAA